AUGCAUUCAAUCAAGCACCAGGCCCGAAACAUCGCCUGGAGGCAACAAGACGGCGAGGCCAACUACAACCCUUUCGCCAGGCGCUCGCGGUCUUAUGCCGGACGACUGGAAGACGUCGAGAACAACCUGCAGCGUCGCCAUACAGCAGACCAGGUCAUGUCAGACAGCACUGCCAGGCGUAAUGAGAUGCGCAAUGUAGACAACGCCGACUUCGCAUACCCGCCGCAGCACGCCAACACAGCGCCUCCCGAGUCAAGUUCCUCUACCGACUCACCCACAUCCAACGGAACCCUCAUUGGCCAGUCUGAUAGCAAACCAUCCAGAGAGAAGGAAAGCCUACCACUGGACAGGGACACAUCUCGCUCCAUGUCGGACAACAAUGUCACAGAGCCUGAGCACAAACCACGCAAGCGCCUGGCACUAAUGAACUUGAUUGGUGCACCCGACCGUACCAAGGACCGCACCAAGGACGAUGAUCGUGACCUCGAACGCUCUGACACUGGCGACACCAAANAGAAGAGGCGACCAAAGCUCAGUGUCGUCAGUCAGCUCAAGGCUACUCUCCUCGGCUCAUGGGUCAACGUCCUUCUUGUCUGUGUUCCCAUCGGUUUCGCUCUCCGGUAUAGCCACUCCAAUGGAUACGCCAUCUUCAUCGUCAACUUCAUUGCCAUCAUUCCUCUUGCCGCCAUGCUAUCCUUCGCUACCGAAGAGCUCGCCAUGUACGUUGGUGAGACAUUGGGAGGUCUCCUCAAUGCCAGUUUUGGUAACGCUACCGAACUCAUCGUUAGUAUCAUCGCUUUGGCACAGAACAAAAUCCUCAUCGUACAGACUUCUUUGAUCGGAAGUAUGCUUUCAAACUUGUUACUGGUACUGGGCAUGUGCUUCUUUUUCGGUGGCAUCAACCGCGUUGUUCAGCACUUCAACAUUACCGUCGCACAAACAGCCUCCAGUAUGCUUGCUGUUUCGAUCGGCUCAUUGAUCAUCCCCACCGCUUUCCAGAAGUUCGGCAACAACCCUGCUGGCGGUGUUGCCCCUAUCUCACGAGGAACAGCUAUCAUCUUGCUUCUCGUAUAUUUCGCCUACCUCAUCUUCCAACUCAAGACUCACGUCGAGAUCUACAACACCCCUAGCCAGAAAUCUGAGAAGAAGAAAGGCUCGACCCGCGAAAAGGGAGAGACUCUGAUGGGAAUUGCCCGCAUUGGUGCUGGUACUGCUGCUUCAGCCGGUGGUCAAGUCAAUCAAUCCAACCUUGUCUACCACGAGGAGGACGAAGAGGAAACGCCAUCCUUGUCUAUCAUGGGUGCUCUCGUCACGUUGACCAUUGCAACAGUUUUCAUCGCCUUUACCUCCGAAUUCAUGGUUAGUGGUAUUGACUAUAUCGUCGAACACGGACACAUCUCCGAGGAGUUCGUUGGUCUCAUUUUGGUCCCCAUUGUCGGUAAUGCUGCAGGUAAGUCGUGUCACUCUCUCAUAGCUGACGACAACAAGGCUGAUCUGACUCAUANNGAACACGCAACCGCCGUUACCGUCGCCAUCAAGGACAAAAUGGACCUCGCAAUCGGUGUCGCUGUCGGCUCGAGUAUGCAAAUCGCCCUCCUUGUCCUUCCUCUCAUGGUUGUUAUCAGCUGGUGUGGAUUGGGCAAUGAUGCCAUGACUCUCGACUUCGACGGCUUCCAGGUCGCAGUACUCUUUAUCGCUGUGCUUCUGGUCAACUACCUCAUUCAAGACGGCGAAAGUCACUGGCUUGAGGGAGUCUUGUUGAUGGCUGUGUAUAUUAUCAUCGCCGUCAGCGCGUGGUUCUAUCCAGUAGCAGAAGGUCAAAGUCUGGUUGGAUGA